AUGAGAAGAGGUAGAGUUAAAUUGCAUGUAUAAAAAUAACAGUAGGGAAAUACCCAACUGAUAACGUCUCUGCGCUAAAAUACCCGUAUUAUUCACUACAUUGAUACCAAUAUAAACGCCGGCAGAACGCUGACCAGACUGUUUAUUAAUAAACAAACGAAAACGAAUCGAGGAUGAAGACAGCUGUAAUAGAACUUAUUCUUUGCGUUAUAACACUUGUCAGUAGCAUCGAGUGCGUCUGUGUGAACAGAACUCAUUUUUAUAUGUCGGGUACGUCCAACACAGCAAUAGAAAAUCGAUGGUUCUCCAAUUGCACAGGUCUUAUUAGACAUAUCAACUUGUCUAAUAAUGAAUUGAUUAAAGUCGAGAACUCAUCAUUUGACACAUUAUGGAAUGUGGAACUUCUUGAUCUCAGCAAUAACAAGAUUGCAAUCAUAGAGUUGAAAACUUUUGCUAUAAUGCGACGUCUCGAACGUUUGUACCUUGAUCAUAACGAACUGACUGAAAUUCCUAUGGACUUUUUCAAGAACAAAAACAAUCUAAUAAGUGUAGAUCUCUCUUACAACAAGAUCACAUAUAUUCCGCUGUCAGUAUUUAACUACACUAUGUUGCAUAUUGAAGAGGUUAUCCUUCAUCAUAACCAGAUAACAGCCUUCGAGCCUUGGGCCUACGUCAAGCAAGCUAUACGUCUGGACCUGCGUUACAACAAUGUAUCCACAUUUACUAACAACUAUAAUUGGACGUAUAUUUCAAGAACUGUGUAUGAAGGGGCAACUACAGAUUUGCGGCAUAAUAACAUCACAGAGUGGCAUGACUGGUACUUGAUACAAUAUAAAGACACAACUUCCCAAGAUACUGGUAUUGAAUCAGUACUAGUAGAACUGUUACCAGACAUUCGUGAAAACCCAUUUAGCUGUGAUUGCUAUGCUCAUAAUAUGAUUAAAAGAGUUAGACAGUCAUUUUUCUUGUGGGCUGAUAGCGAUUAUCUUAAUAUAACGUGUUACAAUCCUCCACAUUUACGUGGCAAACGGGCGUUCUAUGAAGUAGCCGUCUCUGAACUUGUUUGUAACAUUACGAAUGAUUGUCCAACAGGAUGUCUAUGCCAAGACCGGCCAGAAGAAGGCAUCCUUAACGUCGACUGUCAAGAAUUGAAUAUGACAAGUAUACCAGACACGCUCCCAAGAAGUCCAUACGAUAAAAUUGAGGUACAGCUUGGACACAACAAAAUAACCGAAUUUGGUAACGUUAGUUACUUACAGUACAUUACAAACCUGUCAAUGCCUGACAAUUUCCUUACCACUUUACCGUCCUUUGUCAUAGAAAAUAUAGCAAGUAAAGAAAAUGCAUUCGUUGACUUUCGUAACAAUUUACUCACUGUUGUUCCAUCAGGAGCACAGAAUAUCAAGUUUCAAGACGCGCACUUUCAAGGAAAUAACCUUGAAUGUUCAUGUGAUAUGCUAUGGAUGGUAGACUGGAUUAAGCUGGCACCAAAAUACGCUGAUAAGACCCUUAAUUGCACAUUUGAAGGCAAAUUGUACAAAAUAAUUGAUCUAAAUGAAGACAUUUUGAACUGUAAUAACGUUGGGAGUAUUAUCCUGAUUGUAGUGUUGUCUGUAGUAUUAGUUAUUGUGAUUGCCUUGUUGGUAACGGCUAAACGAUGCCCAUACGAGACGAAGGUACUUCUUUUCAAAAUUUUCCGCAUUCAUCCCUCGGAUAAAUAUGAAGUAGACAAAAACGCGGAUAAGACUUUCGACAUGUAUGUCUCUUUUGAUGACAAUGAUACAUAUGUCAGGCAAUGGGUCAUGAAAGUACUCUUCAAGCAGCUUAAAGAGAAGAAACCGUUUUACAAUUUGGGUGUAGCUGCGCGAAAUGCACCGCCUGGUCCUGAAGCUGAUGCUAGACUUGAAUUGAUUGAUAAAAGCAGACGACUUUUGAUUAUCCUUAGUACAGACUACGAUAACAACCACUGGUGUCAGUACGAGUUAUGCCACUCAGAAACUUUAGAACAAAAUGAAGGUCGAAUUAUUUAUCUAUUAUAUGAUAAAAACGCUGAAGAGAUAGCGAAAAAAGAACCAUGGUCAUCUAAAAUGAAAGGCAGAAAGGUGUUUAGUUUGGAAGAGAAAAUGUUGUGGUCUAAGCUGAGAUACGAACUGCCAAGAAAUCCCUUACCUGAACCUCUCAUGAGGAGGGAACGACCGCAAGAGUUUGCAAACAUAUGAGCAUUGUGUACACACGGCAACAUAUAUACAAAAAUAAAACGAAUUUGUGCUUCUGAAAGUAAAAAUGAUUUAAUAAUGGUAGUGCAUUGUGACAAGACUAAAUGCAGAGCAAAUAGAGAGAGAUAUAAUUCAUUGAGAUAAUUUUUAAAUUGUAGAGCUUGUAGUUUAUACUAGGUGCAAUAGUGUAAAAAUAAACAGUUAGCGUAUUGCUGUAUAUUCUGAGAUCUCGUGAUAGAGUCAAGAACUUAGAAUGUAGCACUUACUAUAUUAAAUAUCAACUAUCGUGUUUAUAUUUUGAAAUGGUAUGGAUGGUUGACAUUAAUUCUACAUUGUUAAAUUUGAACGGAAAUAAUUUUUUAUUUCGAAAAAGUUAUGGAUUUAAGGCUGAACUAAAAAACUGAUAUCUAAAUAAAACUGGAGAACUUUGUAGUGAAAUAUUCUCAGAAUAUAUGUUUCUUAGAACUUACAUCUUUUUCAUAUCUACGUAUCGUCUCAUCCUUUAUUUUCUCUUUAUUCAUAUUAUAAAGUGACGGAGAAAGGUGUUUUUCAUCCGAAAUCCGUCCUUUUGAUCUAGUAUAUGUGCAUGUAGAAUAAUAUGUUGAUAAACACCUAUACUACAAAUUUAUAUUUAUAGAUUAUUAUGUUUAAACUAAUAUAUUAUAAUAUAUAUAGUUGUAAAAUUGUUGCGUACCGUGGAUAGUAACCUUGAUUUUAAAGGAGUAGCUACUUGGAUUUUAUUAUUCUCUCAAAAUUAAAUUUUGAAAUUACAUUUACAUGCGUAAUUUGUAUAGUAUAUUUUCACAUUUGUAAAUCGAGAUACAGAGCGAAUGGUGAAAGCGGAUGUUAUUUUAUUCAUAAUAAAUGGAUGAGUUUACUCCCACUCCUCGAA